UCUCUCUCUCUCUCUCUCUCUCUCUCUCAUGCCUGAAUGUCCACAGCCAGGCAAGAACAUGAAACACCCUUAACCCUAGUUUUUUAACCCUUAGCCAGAAAGAAAAAAGAGAAGGGUAAAAAAAUCUAACCCUAGUUUUUUCCCGCCUUUUUUUAGGAGAGGCUCGAGGAAGUAGGGAAGAAGAUAAGAGAGAAGCCGAUGUCAUCAACGACCGGAUGUCGAGGAGGAAUCUGCUGGGUCCCGUAGGGACUCUGAACACUAUCACUCCUUGUGCAGCUUGCAAGCUCCUCCGCCGGCGAUGCGCUCAAGAGUGCCCCUUCUCGCCUUACUUCUCUCCUCAUGAGCCUCAAAAGUUUGCAUCCGUACAUAAAGUUUUUGGGGCUAGUAACGUCUCCAAGAUGCUAAUGGAGGUUCCUGAGCCUCAAAGGGCCGACGCAGCGAACAGUCUAGUGUACGAAGCAAAUGUUCGACUCAGAGAUCCAGUCUACGGAUGCAUGGGCGCAAUCUCGGCAUUACAGCAACAAGUUCAAGCUUUAGAAGCAGAGUUGGCCAUGGUGAGAGGCGAAAUUUUAAAGCAUAAAUAUAGGCAAAGUAACGCUGGCAUCAAUAUUCCCGCUGCUCUACUGGCUUCGAUCCCUACCCCUCCACCACCGCCGUCUGUUCAGGCUGCUUCGUCGUCUUCUUCGAUGUAUACUCCGGCAUCGAAUUCGACGGAUUAUAGCUCUAUUACCAAUGAAAAUGUUACAUACUUCGGAUGAGAAAUAACUUGGAUUUUAAUUUUUUUUUUCUUUUGUUGAUGUACUAUGGGAAUAUGUUGAAUAAAGGGGGAAUUAGCAUUAGGCAUUGGUUUGUUAGGAUGUUAUUUAUUGUUUUUGACUUGAUCAGUUUAUACUUACCUAAACUUGGUUGAAUUAAGGCAUAGUGUUUGAAUUUUGUUAUGUA